AUGGUUAUGAUGCUGGACAUCUUGCAGGAGUAUCUUCAAUUACGUCGUUUUCCUGCGCAGCGUCUUGAUGGGUCCAUGCGUGCUGACCUCCGUAAACAAGCUCUUGACCAUUUUAAUGCUGAUGGAUCAACUGACUUUGCCUUUCUGCUGUCUACUCGCGCCGGCGGUCUGGGCAUCAACUUGGCAACUGCCGACACGGUAAUUAUUUUUGACUCGGACUGGAACCCACAAAAUGACCUUCAAGCAAUGAGCAGAGCGCACCGGAUAGGGCAGACUCGCCAGGUGAACAUCUACCGCCUCGUGACCCGUAAUUCCAUGGAAGAAGAAAUAGUUGAACGAGCAAAACGCAAACUUGUGUUAGAUCACCUUGUUAUUCAGAGAAUGGACACAACUGGAAGAACUGUUCUGAAAUCCUCCGGUGGUGCUCGCUCUAUCCCGUUUGAUAAAAAAGAGCUCAAUGAUAUAUUAAAGUUUGGCGCUGCUGAUUUGUUCAAAGAAGGUGAUGGGGAAGAGCAGGAACCUGAAGUUGAUAUUGACCGAAUUUUAAGUGUAGCAGAGACAAGGGACGCCGACGAAGCUCAAUUGAAAUGGAGGAGCGUCGUAUAUCACCUCUUUCUUGAAGAGUUUCGCAGUGAAAGUUAUGAGCUCAUAAAAGUCUGA